AUGACUAGCCGCCAAAAGCCGGCCAUUUUUCUUCUGCUGGUGCUGCUACCGCUGUCCACCCAAAAGAACGAAAAACUAGCUGGGAUUUUUGAAAGAAACGAGGCUGGACUGCGAUUCCUGCGCGGUUUUCCUCGAGGUAUGUGGGGUACAGCAUUAGCGCCAGAUCUCGGCACCUACAGCGAUUCUCGCAUAGACCCGCCAUUACCCUGGUUGAAGGCCAAAGAGGCGCUUACUGAUGAACACCAUAGCUAUGAUGCCCAAAAGGAUUAUGAAUAUUUCAUAGCCUCCAAGAGGAAACAAACCAAACUCGAGAAAGGUGACUUGAGUCUAUUGGAAGAAAAAGAUAAAAAGCAUUUAUUCGGCGAAGAUUAUGAAAGUUUGCCCAUUUUAUAUCUGAUGUGGUGGUGCACAGAGCAUUGGCCUAUCUUUUACAAACUACUGAGCAAGGGGAACCCCGAGGCUGCUGAGCUGAGAGCAAAACUUAUUGAAUACUGUCCAUCGCCCUGUUAUGGUGAGCCCUGUAAACGUAUUAUUGGUGUCAGCGUGCCAAGUUAUUGCGAAGCGAUAGGACCGUUUGAGGGUGACUUCAAAUGUCAAUGCCGGAGAGACAUGGAAUGGGAUCAAGAUUCGAACAGCUGUAAGCCCAUAAAUCCCUGUUAUUUGCCGUCAUACCCGGCCUGCUUCGAGGAAGGCACAUUAGCCUGUGUUGCAUUGGAUAUGCAAACUGCCAAAUGCAUUUGUAAUGUGGAGCACAUGGGUUCCGACUGCUCACAACUUCGCAAUGCCUGUAUACUGCGAUUUAACCGCACGGAGAAUACUGGAAAUAAAAACUGCGGUGUCGAGUUUGGAAAUCGGUGCAUUCCCAUUCUUGGGACGGAUUUCUACACAUGCAGAUGUUCCGCUGGAUGGAUUACAUCGCCAUUAUUGCCGUACGAAAAUUGUGCUCUUCCUAAUGACCCUUGCACUGGCUCCGCCAUUGAGCAGGAUGGGGUCAAACUGAACUUAACUGUUGGAAAGGAAUGCUUAAACGGAGGAACCUGUGUCAGCUCGCCAGACCUCACUAAGGCUGUAUGCGUAUGCCCGACAACGCGAGGCAGGCAGACAUAUACUGGUACGUUUUGCUGA